ACACGAGGCCUGUACGAACAAUAUCAGGGCAGCCGCGGCUGUACCGGGAUAGCAACAGUUCCGGUCAGGGACCAGCAAUCGGGACAACGAUCCCCGCGGGCGGGGAUGGAGUUGCCGCGCCAUCUCUCUUUCUCUUAAUCCUAGUCCCCCUCUUGCGAAACCCUAGCGCUUGCGAAACCUUCGCCUCCGCGGCGUCCUCAGACCCCAUCUCUCCUUCGCCUUGCUCCUCUCUUCCGGAGCGACCUCCGUGCCGAUCGCCGUCCACAACUCCAGCGAGCGGCUAUUGGCGUAGAGACCGUCUCCGACCGCCUACUAGGUUAGUAGGGUUACAACAUCAGAUUCCUCCUGAACAUUUUUAAGGAUUAUCCUAUGGGUGCUCCGAAGCAGAAGUGGACCGCAGAGGAAGAGGCUGCACUCAAAGCUGGAGUUGUUAAGCAUGGGGCUGGCAAAUGGCGCACGAUAUUGAAAGAUCCUGAAUUUAGUGGCAUCUUAUGUUUGAGGUCGAAUGUUGAUCUCAAGGAUAAGUGGCGGAACAUAAGUGUGACUGCAAGUGGAUGGGGAUCACGGGAGAAGGCCAGGAUAGCUUUGAAAAAGAGCAAACAAGUUUCCAAGCAUGAUGAUAACCUGAUGGCACUCAGUACAAUAGUUAAGGAUAUCAAUGAUGAAAUUGUUAAUGCCGAGCCUCUUGCAGUGUCUAGUGAAUCCUUACGGAUUCCUGGUCCUAAAGGAUCUAAUUCAAGGCUAGAAAAUCUUAUAUUGGAAGCUAUAACAACGUUGAAGGAGCCUUCUGGGUCUGACAAGACAGACAUUGCCAUGUAUAUAGAGGAUCAAUAUUGGCCUCCUCCAGAUUUCAAACGAUUGUUGUCUGCAAAACUGAAGGCAUUAACAGCAAGUGGGAAAUUGAUUAAGGUGAAGCGCAAGUAUAGGAUAGCACCUAGUUCAUCUUUUUCAUUAGGAAAAAACUCCAAUUUGUUGCUCCCUGAUGGAAAGCGAAGGGAGUCUUCCGGAUUAGAAAAGGAUGAUGUCAAACCCCUUACAAAAUCUCAAGUUGACGCUGAAUUGGCACGGAUGAGAAACUUGACGGCACAGGAGGCUGCAGCAGCUGCUGCUCAAGCAGUUGCAGAGGCAGAAGCGGCAAUGGCGGAAGCUGAAGAAGCAGCAAGGGAGGCAGAGGCUGCAGAAGCUGAUGCAGAAGCAGCACAGGCUUUUGCUGAGGCAGCUAUAUUGAUGCUGAAAAACAGAAAUGCAGCUAAGAUGAUGAUUUGAGUUUGAUGGGAGUCAUCAAGGCUAUUCUGCUGUGUUUCCCCAUUUUCUCCAUACUUGCAAGAUAUUCUGCCUUUCGUUUUGUCAAAUGUGUAUAAUAUAGUCUGUAUAUAAUGUAGGUUUCGUACAAAUAAUAACCUGGCAUACCUGUUUUGGUUCAUGGUCCCUACCUGGAAUUUCCAUGAUCAUCAUGAUCUCCUGGGCACCGUCAUUUCGUUCGUGCUGUUGCAGGGCAGAAAACUGAGCUGCACAAUUGUUUCAGUUGCAUGUGUUCUGCUAUAGAAUAGAGGGGAGAAAGAGGAGCUUAGUACGCUGUUGUAUUCAGAGGUUAAAAUUUUCACUUAAAA